AUGACCAAGCCCCGCAAACUCCACGAACUACAAGGCACUAUUAAUCUUUGCUUGCCAGGACAAUUAGUCCAGAAGUCUGAAAAACCUUGUCCCAGGAAACUUAUCGCGACAAAAAAUAUCUUUUUAAAUUUGAAAAAAGAGUUAGAGGAUGAAGCCACUUUCGAGGCUCGAAGUUUAAAAGAUGUUCCACCCCAGUUUCGUCAGAUCGCUAAAAGAAAUUACAAACCUUUAAAAGGGGAGCGUAAAGCCCUUACCCUAUCCCGUGCCAUUCAUCCCGGAGAAAUCCUGAAAGAAGAAUUAUUGAUUCCGCGAGACAUUAGCCAAGCCGAAUUGGCUCGCAGCAUUAAGGUCUCGGUACGCCGAAUUAAUGAUAUUUGCCAAGGUAAACGAGGUAUUACUCCCGAUACAGCCUUGCUCGCUAAGUUAUUGCUGUCAUUUGACCCUAAGAGGGAGUAUUUUCAAGACGGGAAAAUGCCUGACACAGUAGAAGGGGAAGGAUACGAACCACCUACUAUCGAUUUACGAGCUUAUUAUCAUGGAGCAAUAGUUUAUCCCAUUUAUCGCGAUUUUUUUAGUUUUUAUCAGGAUGAUGACCGCAUGGCCAAUAAGGAAUUGAGUGAUUUUUAUCAAAAAUUAUUAGGCCAUAUUGUUAAAGAA